CUAAUAUAAUCUCUAAUCUCUAUCCACUAGUAUCCUGUUACCUCGAUUUGCGUUAUUCUAUAUAUAAAUACCAACAUCAUUGUUUUUCACUAAUAACACCUUCAAUAAUAUUCUUUUUCCAUCAACAAAAUUCUUCUUCAUCUUUUCUCCUUCUCAUCAUCAUCAUCCAUGGCUUCACAAUCUCAUCAAAAGCUCACAGUUUCCACAACAUCACCGAAGAGUGACAGUGGCAGUGGGAGCGGUAACGGUAACGGUAACGGCGGUGGGGUCGCCAAGGGACACUGCUUGUGUUCACCAACCACACAUGAAGGUUCUUUCAGGUGCCGUUUACAUCGUUCUUCUUCUUCUAAUUCUUCAACUUCACCCACUUGGAUGAAACGUUCCAAGUCCAUGCCUGCUAAUAAGCCUGCUCCUGUUUCAGUUUCUCCACAAUAAUCCUCAUCAUCAUCGCAUGAUCCAUCAUCCAUCCUCAUCAAAUGAAUUCAUGGAUUUUAUUAUUCAUAUAUAUGUGAUUGAUGAUGAGAUGUUAUAGGCCAUGACAUAAAACACAAUCAAGCUAUCUAUCUAUAUAUAUAUUAAUAUAUAUAAUAUUAUAUAUCUGCGUGUAUUGAUUCAUGUACCCUAUCUUUUGAUUUACUUGCUGGAAUUCGAAGUGUGUUUCAUGGCUUCUCUGCUCCCUUCUGGUGUCUUAAUUUGACUAUGCUUUUUAUAUUUCGUAAAAAAGAUAAUUAUAAAUUUAACGAUUUACUGGGUGGAUCGUUCA